UCAAUAUAUAGAAUAGAAUCAGUCCUCAAGUCACGUCCCCUCCACUCUUCUCUAAUGUUAUUGUUGGACUUCCAACUAUGUCUAUAUUUUGUAUUAAGGUAGAAUCAUGAAUGAGCUUAGGAAAAUCAUAAAUGUUUCAUUCUAACAUAGAUGCAAUUUUACAUUAUUAAUUACACAUUGCUAUGCUAGUUUAUGUUAGGUGACAUGCUCUUCAUGUUUAAGUCUCCUUCAUUUCCAAAAUUUUCACUUUCCUUGUUCCUCAAGAGAAUGAUUUCCAACACUCCACUCUCUAUGCUUGAAACUUGCAAUUCCAUGUAUCAAUUAAACCAAAUUCACUCACACACAAUCAAAAUGGGUUACUCUUCAAACCAUGUGUUUGUAACUAAAGUUAUAAUCUUCUGUUGUACAAAGGAAUCAGGGGAUGUUUUUUAUGCACGUAAGGUGUUUGACACAAUUCCUCAACCAAGUGUUUUUAUUUGGAAUACUAUGAUCAAAGGGUAUUCUAGAAUAAACUGUUUCAAAAGUGGAAUUUCCUUGUAUAAAUUAAUGUUGGCUCAUAACAUCAAGCCUGAUAGUUUUACAUUUCCAUUUUUGUUGAAGGGAUUUACCAAAGAUAUGGGUUUGAAGUAUGGGAAAGUUUUACUUAACCAUGCUGUGAAAUAUGGUUUUGGUUCUAAUUUGUUUGUUCAAAAGGGUUUUAUACAUUUGUUUUCUUUAUGCGGGCUAGUCGAUUUAGCGCACAAGAUUUUUGAUACGGGUGAUGGAUGGGAAGUGGUUACAUGGAAUGUAAUGCUAUCUGGGUACAAUAGGGUUAAGCGAUUUGAGGAAUCGAAGAGGCUUUUUAUUGAGAUGGAGAAGAGAAGUUUAUGUGUAUCACCUAAUUCGGUUACUCUAGUUUUGAUGCUUUCGGCGUGCUCCAAAUUGAAGGACUUAGAUGAGGGGAAGAACAUUUAUAAUUAUAUCAAAGAAGGUAUUGUUGAACCUAAUCUCAUAUUGGAAAAUGCUUUAAUUGAUAUGUUUGCAUCUUGUGGAGAAAUGGAUGCUGCACAAGGUGUUUUUGAAAAUAUGAAGACUCGAGAUGUAAUUUCUUGGACUUCGAUCGUUACCGGGUUUGCAAAUACUGGUCGGAUUGAUUUAGCGCGAAAGUAUUUUGAUCAAAUGCCUGAAAGAGAUUAUGUUUCUUGGACUGCUAUGAUUGACGGCUACCUUAGAAUGAACCGUUUCAAAGAGGUGUUGACGCUUUUUCGCGAGAUGCAAAUGUCGAAUGUGAGACCUGACGAAUUCACCAUGGUUAGCAUUCUUACGGCGUGUGCACACCUAGGAGCACUUGAACUAGGGGAAUGGGCAAAGACUUACAUUGACAAAAACAAGAUUAAAAAUGACACUUUCAUUGGGAAUGCUCUUAUAGACAUGUACUUUAAAUGUGGGAAUGUCGAGAAACCAACGAAAAUAUUCAAUGAAAUGCAGAAGAAAGACAAAUUUACAUGGACAGCAAUGAUAGUUGGUCUUGCCAAUAAUGGCCAUGGCGAAGAAGCUCUCACAAUGUUUUCAAAUAUGUUAGAAGCUUCGGUUACGCCAGAUGAAAUAACCUAUAUUGGUGUCCUGUGUGCAUGUACACAUGUAGGCAUGGUAGCAAAAGGAAGAAAGUUUUUCGCUAACAUGACCAUCAAACACGGAAUUAAGCCUAAUGUGGCGCAUUACGGAUGCAUAGUUGAUCUUCUCGGUCGAGCCGGACAUUUAAAAGAAGCCCUCGAAGUCAUUUUAAACAUGCCAUUAAAACCAAAUUCAAUUGUUUGGGGAUCACUACUUGGUGCUUGCAGAGUUCACAAAAAUGUGCAACUAGCAGAAGUAGCAGCUAAAGAAAUACUUGAGUUAGAGCCUAAAAAUGGUGCUGUUUAUGUAUUGUUAUGCAACAUAUAUGCUGCAUCCAAGAAAUGGGAAAAUUUGCAUAAAGUAAGGAGAUUGAUGAUGGAGAGAGGAAUUAAGAAAACACCAGGUUGUAGUUUGAUGGAAAUGAAAGGUAUUGUAUAUGAAUUUGUUGCUGGUGACCAAUCACAUCCUCAAUGUAAAGAGAUAUAUGCAAAGUUAGAAAACAUGAAACAAGAGUUGAUAAAUGCAGGGUAUUCACCUAAUACAUCAGAGGUUUUUCUUGACGUAGGUGAAGAGGAUAAGGAAACUUCACUUUAUUGGCAUAGUGAGAAAUUGGCUAUUGCUUAUGCACUUAUUAGUUUAGGACCUGGAGUUACUAUAAGAAUAGUGAAGAACCUUAGAAUGUGUGUGGAUUGUCAUGAUAUGGCAAAGGUGGUUUCAAAGGUUUAUAAUAGGGAAGUAAUAGUUAGAGAUAAAACUAGAUUCCAUCAUUUUAGGCAUGGUUUAUGUUCAUGUAAUAAUUUCUGGUAAACAUUUUAUGUUUAAAGAUUAAUUAAUUUAGCCUUUGUUUGUUGUUA